AAUUGGCUGGCUGCCUGCUCCCGCGGGCUAAUCAAUUCUAUCAAUCUUCUCUCGCUGACGUCACACAGGUGCUGCUCUGGCUGGCUGAGCCGCUGUUCGUACGCGAUCCGUCUGCUGAAGGAGAUUAUAAUGAGUCAGAGAGGCUCCGGAGUAGCAUUUAACUCCAGCAGCCCGCACUGCUCACAGCCACUGCCACCACACCGAUGAAGGACGGUGCUCAUGCAUAUAGCAGCCUGCUAAUACCACAGAAACUCCGAGUUCGCGCUUUGGAAAGCCACAGCAGGAAGACAAUCUGUUGUGUUAUUAGUAGUAUUUAACCAGACACUGGAUUAUCGUACCAUUCUUGAAUGUUCUGCAAACGGUAGAGCUUGCUUCACAUCUUUACAUGCAAACAGGUGUGGGCAUCGACCAUGAACGAGUAUUUCUCCAAGAACUCCACAGAGGCCGAGCUGGGUGGCUGGUUCGAGCCAAGCGAUGACAAUAGCUCCCUGGACCUGUCUUCCCCGGCGCCGGAACCGGUCCUGAAACUCUGGGACGUGGUGCUCUGCAUCUCAGGCACCAUCAUCGCCUGUGAAAACGCCAUCGUGGUGGCCAUCGUCUUCUAUACGCCGUCGCUGCGAACGCCGAUGUUCCUUCUUAUCGGUAGCCUGGCCACGGCGGACCUGCUUGCGGGUCUGGGGCUGAUAGUCCACUUCGUGUUUCUGUACUGCAUCCGAUCCGAGGCGGUCAGUCUCAUCACCGUUGGGCUGCUCGUCGCCUCGUUCACGGCCAGCGUGAGCAGCCUGCUGGCCAUCACCAUCGACCGCUACCUCUCUCUGUACAACGCUCUCACCUACUACUCGGACAGGACGGUGACGCGCACCUACGUCAUGUUGAUUCUCACCUGGGGCGUGUCGAUCUGCCUGGGGCUUCUGCCCGUGACGGGCUGGAACUGCUUAAAGGACGAGUCCACGUGCAGCAUAGUGAAGCCGCUGACCAAGAACAACGUAAUGAUCCUGUCCGUGUCCUUCUUCACGGUGUUUGCCGUGAUGCUGCAGCUCUACGUGCAGAUCUGCAAGAUCGUCUGCCGGCACGCCCACCAGAUCGCCCUGCAGCGGCACUUCCUCUCCACCUCCCACUAUGUGACCACCCGCAAGGGCAUCUCCACGCUCGCAGUCAUCCUGGGCACCUUCGCCAGCUGCUGGCUACCGUUCACCAUUUACUGCCUGCUGGGCGACUACACCUACCCGGCCCUGUACACCUACAUCACCCUCCUGCCCGCUAUAUAUAACUCCAUGAUCAAUCCGGUCAUCUACGCGUUUCGGAACCAGGAGAUCCAGAAGAUUCUGUGGACGGCGUGCUGUGGGUGCAUGUCACCAGGUAUGGGCUGCCGGUCCAGGUCCCCCAGCGAUGUUUAGCUUGUGGUGCCGGUUCUGGUUCAAACUGAUGAUGGCGCACUUGUAUGGCGAAUCACCAUUCUGCGCCGCCCCUUCGUGUUGCUUCAGAGACUGACACUGGUCGUGUUUAAGUGUGAUAUAUACAGCAGCACUUUAUCCAAGGCAAUCUGGAUCUCUCGGAGUCCAGGCGCUGUGUUCAGGAUGCACUGCCGUGUUGGCACAUUGCGCAGGACCUGUGUUGACUUGCACGUUGUAAUGCGUAUUUGGUUCAGACCCGACAAUCUGAAUAAGAUGUAAUAUUGAACACUUUUGAUGACAGAGAGAGAAUUAGAUCAGCGAUCGUUGUAGAGAUUUUACAGUAAGACAAGCAUUUAUAAAUAUUUUUAUUUUAUUUAUUUAUUUUUUAAAUCAAAGUGCGGUUCAAAGUUUAAUCCACAGGUUUACUCUUUGCCUUUGGAGAGUUUCUCUCCUAGAGAAACAUUUUUAUCAAUUCUUUAUAGAGAUGUUCAUUUGAUACUAGCUUGAUAAAGGCUACAUUUCAUAUUACUAUUUAAAAGAAAUCUAUUUCUUUUAGAACAAGCUGGCUGUAUAGAAUGAGUCUUUAAGGACCGUAAAGCAAAUACGCGUCCAAGUGAAAGUGAUUUCCCACGCGUGUAGUGGGUGUUCGUAGAUUUCUAAGGGAGUAUGCUUGAGAUUGCCUUUUUCUACCCUUCUUUCUCUGUCAUCACUGUUAUAUAUAGGUUUAUGUUUUACGGAUGAAAUGGCAUGUUUGUGAGGAUACUUUAGCUUAUGAAGUUAUUAAUACAUUCACUGAUCUAACGUCUUCUGAAGCGCGUUGAUCGGUGUUGUCACUGAUCGAUAUCCACUCACUCCAUUCCAUUGCGUAACUCUUCUGUGGUGCUCGGCUGACCUCUACCGGACAAAUACGGAAUCGCAGGUAGAACAGAUACGGCCUGGGUGCGCCGAGGUGUGACUGCUUCCGGCCUUAGCACGGCGCGCUGCUGGAAAUUCUGUAUGGACCGUGCUGAAGCACGUGUACAGACCAUAAAGAAACAGCCACUCAUAUAUUUAAUUAUAUAUAUAUAUAAAUAUUUCCACCUUAUGUUCAAAUUUCAAGCACCACAAUCAAAUGAUUUGAGCAACCGUGCUUGAAAAUAUCACAAAGGUUGGCCGAUACUACAGUUGCAUGUUAUUUAUUUGGGGUAUAUGGAACAUAUACACUAAGCAACUGAAGGGCCAAUAGAAUUGAUUCGAAUUAGACCCAAUCGUUCUAGGUUCCAUAAUUGGACUUGGAUUGAGGAUUCUAAAUGUUAUUGAUGGCAGAAAUCGCCAGUCCCUAAUGAAGCAGCGCGUCCUGUCUAAGGUGGCAUGAGUGACCGUAUCAUGAACUUGAUUACUCUAACAGGGGAGACUGAGGCUUUAACUUGUGCCUGAUUACUAAAGCCAAACACUCUGGAAUCAGAGUUCUUUAAAAACGUUUGCACUAUCAAUGUAUUUCAUAUAUGUAUCGUAUUUAUUGAAGGUGUGUAACCCUACACCUGGCCAAAUUCUUAAGAGCUAAUGAAACUUACACAACCUGUGAAGAUGGUGUUUGUGUGUGUACUGUAUAAUUAGCACAAGUAUGACAAAGCAAACAGCAAAGCUGUCAUGCUGUACUGUCACUUUGAAACGCCAGUCCUUACUGUGAUGUUAACGAAUGUUUAAUAUGUAUGUUGAUGAUGAAAUGCCUACAUCAAAAAAUAGUUUCUUUUCAUCGGAAUGCAUUUAUGUUCAUGUUUACAAAUGAGA